UAAAGCAAAAAUAUCUUUGCUUUUCCGAAAGUUUUGUUUACAAACUAUAUUAUUUCUUUAAUUAAAGGUGAUAUUAAAUGAGCAAUCCUUUGAUCGAAUGAAGGUAUUAAAUAGGAUAUUGUGUUAAUAAACACAGAACUUCUAAAGCUUUCUUAUACAAGAUGCUUUCACAAAAACCAGUGUUCUUAAGACCGGGAAAUGACACGCUAUAUCCUAUAAAAAAUAAAGAUGGUGUAAUAGAAACAUUAGUCAAUCCCAAUGCAGACUCGGCAUUGUCAAUAGAUAGUGAUGCCAAGAGUAACUUUGUUUAUAAUAGAUACCAUCAUCUCCCGUUCGAAGCUCAAAGGAAGAAGCUACCGGUGUUUCAAUAUAGAAAUCAUAUUUUGUAUCUGUUAGAGAAGUACCAGACAUUAGUUCUUAUUGGAGAAACAGGCUGCGGGAAAUCCACGCAAGUACCUCAGUACCUCUACGAAAUCGGUCACAAAGUAUGCGUGACGCAGCCCCGUGUUGCCGCAGCUUUGUCGCUGGCGUGCCGAGUGGCCGACGAGCGCGGCGUUCAGUUGGGCGAUGAAGUCGGGUACAGCGCCGCCAUGACAAGUGUGAGGACGCCUGAAACCGGAAUUGUAUUUAUGACGGAGGGCGUUUUGCUCAGAGAGAUGUUCGCGUCUCCACUUCUAAUGCAGUAUUCGUGUAUUGUACUCGACGAGGUGCACGAAAGAUCUCAACUGACCGACGUGUUGAUGGGAUUGUUGAAAAAGAUAGCUAAGAAAAGGAAAAAUUUAAAGAUCGUAGUUUCCUCCGCUACGAUGGACGCGGACUUCCUGAAGGAAUAUUUUAAUGUAAACGAUGGGAAGACUACAAAGAGAAGUUCGUCCGUCGUUAUGUCUAUGACGGGUCGGACGUACCCCAUAGACGUAUUUUAUGUUGAAGAGCCCGUACCGGAUUACGUAAAGGCAACAAUAGAUACGAUUAUAAAGAUACAUGAAAACGAGCCGUUUGGUGACAUUUUAGCGUUUUUGACGUCACAAGAAGAAAUUCUAGCAGCCCUGGAUAGCUUAGAACAGUAUGCCCAAGAAAAUAAUGAGAAGAAUACAUACAGAAAGACGUUCCCGAGUGGAAUUGCUGCAGCGAAUCUCUCCGUGCUGCCGAUGUAUGGCAGCCUGCCGUACUACAAGCAGAUCAAGGUCUUCCAGACGUCCGAGAGGAACGUGAGGAAAGUCGUCCUCGCGACGAAUAUCGCCGAGACGAGUGUGACGAUAAAUGGUGUUGUUUAUGUCGUCGACUGCGGCUUCCAUAAGCUGCCGCACUUCGAGCCGGCGGUGGGCGUGGAGAGCGUGUCGGUGUGCCCCGUGGCCCGACACAACGCCGCGCAGCGCGCCGGCCGCGCGGGCCGCACCCGCCGCGGGAAGUGCUACAGGCUGUACACGGAGGCGGCGCACGCGGCGCUGGCGGCCAGCGCGCCCCCCGAGAUGUGCCGCAGCGACCUGUCGGCGGCGCUGCUGCGCCUGCGCGCGCUGGGCAUACACAACCUGCUCAGAUUCACGUUCCCGACUCCCCCUCCCGCGAAGAGUCUGCUGUCGAGCCUGGAGACGCUGUACGCCCUGAAGGCGAUCGACAAGCUCGGGGAGCUGACGGAGUGCGGGAAGAUGAUGGCGGAGCUGCCGCUCAAGCCGAUGCUCGCCAAGAUGUUGUGUAGCAGCGAUGAAUUCGGUUGUAUAGACGAGAUGCUGUCUAUAGUGUCCAUGCUGCAAAUCGAUGGUGUUUUCACUAAACAGGGGACGGGAAAAAGCAAUAUAGCCGCUCGGAUUUCAAGGAGGAAUAAUUUUGAGGUGGCCGAAGGCGAUAUAAUAAUGUACUUAAAUAUCUUCGAUUCGUAUUUAAAGUUGCGCUCCGAUGGCGAUAAGAAGUCUAAAAAAGCGUGCAAAGACUGGUGCCAGAGGAUGUUUAUUAAUUACAGGGUUAUGGAAAAGGCUGUGGACAUACGAAACAGCCUUGAGAAGCUGAUCAAAGAUCAUUUCAAGCUCAGGAAUAAAGAAUACGAAGGACCCGACUUGGGAUCUGGUAAAUGUGUCCGGAUAAUGCGAGCCGUGGUGUCGGGGCUGUUCCCGCAGGCAGCCUACCUGGCGCCUGACAACUCCUACCGCGGCGUCCGCGGAGCCGUCCUGCACGUCAGCCCCGACAGCUGCCUCUACCACGUGCAGCAGCCCAAGUGGGUUGUUUUCGCGAGCGUCCAGAGUUCCGGAGACAAGACCUGCAUGAGGGAGAUGAUGGUCAUCAACAAGCAGUGGCUUCUGGAAAUCGCCCCCCAUUAUUAUAAGGAGACGUGAUCGUUAAUGAGAUCAAAUGUUUGACAA